AUGGACCCCAGCUCGUGGACAAUCCUCAAAGGCGACACAGCGAGCGAUGUAGACCAGAACGCCCAGUUGGCGCGGAUCCUGGCUGCUACCAACCGAAACCAUGUUGGUCACAUUGGACGACGUGUCUUCAUCGGCCCAAUGCCUGAAAAGGUCAUAUCACACAUCGAGCAAGGAAUAAAGCGCAAGAAGGCCGACACAGGAGCAAUCACACUCAGCCAACUGGAGACUGCUCAGCCGGAAGAGAGCGAAGACAUCGUGCAGGUUGUCAAGCAGCAUGCGAGGCGGUUUAUCGCGCAUCACAAGUCUCAACGGCCCGGGGACAAUGCAAGCAUGCAAAGUAGGGACUCGGACGAAGACGAUUGGGACGAAGACCGCGAGAGGCACAUCACAGACGAGAUCAUACAGAAGUGGAAGGAAAGCGAAUGGGGACAAGCGUGGAGCAAUCGACGCAGACGCAAGAACGAGCCACGGCAACCUGCUAGCCAUUGGGUGGGAGGAAGCUUUGAAAUAGGCUCAUUAUUGGGGGUCAAUAUCCUUCACGGAGGGCAUUCAAAGCCGUAUAUGACUAUGCAUAAAGGGGCAAGCGCCUCAACUAUGAAGAUACCAAACAUCGUCCUCUCUCGUGCCGAACAUCCUAGGGACCUCGGUCCACCUCCGAUUGAAUCGACUGCCUCAAUAAGUUCGGUUCCAGGUCGAGCUCAUGGCAGUGGUGUCGACUCGAUAGCCGACUCGCGGACGGGCUUAUUGUCUUCUUCAGCGAAUGGGGCAAACGCAGAGGCCUCGGGAAGUCAAGGACCAUUGAGCCCACUCUCCUCGGCCCGCCAAGGCUCUAGCGACACUCAUCUGAGCGCCAAGGCAGAAGGGAAGAGGAGGCAGGUGCAUUACGGGGACGAAAUCAAGGACGACUCGGAGGUGCCAAUAACCCAAUCUGCAACCUCAGUCGUAUCCCCUCCACCCGUACCCCCAAUCGAGGUUCUCGAAAGGACAGAAGUCACAGUGGAACCCACCACUAGCCAAGGUGCUAUGCUAACCCCUCUUACUCCGGGGUUCGAAUGGGGUGAUGUUAUACUGCGAGACCGCAUGCUUGUCAGAAUUGCUUACUCUAAAUCCAACGGUCUGAGCCCAAAGUUUGACGACUCCAUUCACCGAACUACACGCGAUCUCCAGCAUGAAGAUUGGGGUGAAUUCUUGGUGGCGUGGAGGAAGGACUUGAUUGAAAUCUACGAGGACCAUAAAGUACCAGGUCGCGAGUUCCUGACCGGAACUAAGCAUCUCGCUUUCGUCAUCCCGCUGAAAUCAUCCCGGACCAGCCUCUCGCUGUAUUCCUUUGUUGAUCUGACGUUUUGCAUCACUUGUCCCCCCAUGUCGACACGUCUCAACUCCAACUCUCGGUGGAUAUUCAGUCGAUCGAAGCCAGGGACCAACAUCUUCAUUUUCAAGCACAAGAGUCGAUCGCGUUCGUGGGACUGGAUCUGGCAGCUCUGGAGAUAUCGGGGAGGGGAGAUACCUCCUUCCAUCGACGUUUACAAUCCACGUUUGAACACGAGAGUGACGGUGGAUGUCCCAUUUCGGCGCGAGAUCGACCAUCAAGAGCUGUACGACAUCCUCUCGCGCGAGAAUGUCAUUGCUCUCUGCAUGAAGUCGCUACGCUCUGUUCCCGAUUGGUUUUCACUCGUCGAGCGUGAAAUUACCCAAGAAGGCAAGAGACUAGAGCUAUGUUGGCGCAGAGAUGCAAGUCUGGAUUGGAUGUGGCUAGAAGUUGACGUAUUUGGCAAGUCAAGACCAUGGGCUACAAUCGCCGGAUUAGCUGUCCUUCAGUCCUCUCGGCCUCCAAAUUUUGAGAUCCGUCUGACAUCGCACGCCCCGACGCACUAUCACUUGAAGAAUGGAUCCGAAAUCGAGGAGCCUCCUUCCGUCGAAGGUUACGUAGAACGGAUCAAACCCAACACCCAAUUCAAGCAAUCCCUGUAUCUUUCCACGCAUAAUGGUCUCCUUUUCAUACAGCAUGUCGAUAACGCGUAUCCCCCUGCACCACCCGGCCUUGCGCUUACUUUGCAGGACCUAGACUCUUGGAUAACGGGACUUCGGCAGUCGGAAGUGGAGCGUGGCUCCAAUCAGGUUCUGCAUGCCAGUGGUGUGUGCGACCUGCGAAGCAUUGUCGCCGUGCGGCGUGCUUUCCAACCUGUGCCUCCCACACGACACGACCAAAAGGACCGCCCAGCCGGUGAUGAUGCGAGUUGGCUGGACGUUUGGUCGCAGCCCGAAACAUCCACGUUGGAUGACGACGAAGACGAAGGCGGAGAGGCAUAUCUCAAUACAGUCCGCGACCGAACAAUGGUUCGUGUGCGAAGAUCAUUCGAACUGCUCCUUGAGACAGGGAACGUCAUUCGGUUUGAGACACACUCGCGGAAAGUGGCUGUUGAAUGGAUAAACCGCCUGCGUGCCUUAAUUACCUUCUGGAAGCACAAGCAUAGGGUUGAUGCUAAGGAAGAGAUGGAGCUUGUACAGGCCCGUCGACCAAGGUUGACUCCGCAGAUUAGAGUGUGCCAGGAGGAAGAAUCGCCCCCAGAAGCACCAGCGGAUAUGUCUGCGCCAUACCCAGCGAUGGAGAACCUAUACAAUUGGUGCAUUAUUGAAGGAUGCAAUCCUAUCACCAAAGGUGGCAAGGUUUACAUGAGGAAGGGGCUUCGAGGACAGUACAAAUUGGUGCAGUUAUUACUUGUCGCAGGCCACCUCGUUCGAUUUCGCAUCAAGCCCGGGUCGUCCCUUCAUACAGUGUCCCACAAGAAGAUCAACUUGAUGGACGCCUAUGUGUAUUCCGGUUACUUCGCGGCUCUGAAUCUUCCCAAAGGACAGUACAGACCCAACAAGCCCGCAGCUCCCCGUCGGUAUCAAGAUGGACUGGAGACGGAUGACCGGGAGGAGGACAUGCUUCUCAUGAUUCUCUAUCGACGCCAACCUUCGGCCAAUGAUGCAGAACAUGCCCCAACAAACGCUCCAACCUCGAGUAGGAACAUCCCGACGUUGUCGACAAAGCAGAAGGUACUGGUGCUUCGGACGCGAAGUCGAAUCGAGCGUGACGCGUGGUGUUGGGCGUUGAACACCGAGAUUGAGAAGAUUGCUCGGACUCAGUGCGAACGGGAGGCGAAGUUGAUGGAGACUGGGAAAUUAAUAGAGCUGAACAAAUGA